GAAAACUCUUCGUGUUGAAGAGAGUUCCUUCCCUAUCUCCUCCAUCUCCCCCCCCCCCCCCCCCUCCUCUCUCAUCUUCUCUCUCCAUUACAUUACUUUUGUUAAAAAAAAAAAAAACAUCUGUUAUGAGGAGAGGUAGAGUCUCUACCCCCGUCAUCGCCAAUCACAACGCAUCCAUCAAGGAGACGCGAUUCAGAGGCGUGAGGAAGAGACCAUGGGGUCGUUACGCUGCAGAGAUCCGCGAUCCAUUCAAGAAAGCUCGCGUCUGGCUCGGCACCUUCGACUCCGCCGUCGACGCCGCACGCGCUUACGACGCCGCCGCUCGUAACCUCCGUGGCCCCAAGGCCAAAACCAAUUUCCCCAUCGAUUCAUCUCCUCCCUCACACCAACAGAAUCACAACCAGAUCGAUCCGUUUAUGGAUCAUCGGUUAUACGCCGGAGUCUCUUCCCGUCCGACGAGCAGCAGCAUGAGCAGCACCGUCGAAUCCUCCAGCGGACAGAGAAGCUCCGUCGCGAAACCGAUGUCUACCACGACGGCGAAGAGGUAUCCUAGAACUCCGCCUGUGGUUCCGGAGGAUUGUCACAGCGAUUGCGGUUCGUCUUCUUCGGUUAUCGACGACGACGGAGAAGAGGACAUCGCGUCGUCGUCUACGCGCCGUCGGAAUCCGCCGUUUAGAUUCGAUCUUAAUUUUCCGCCGUUGGAUGAUGUUGGUUUAAUCAACGGUGUAGAUGAUCUCUGCACCGAUCUACGUCUCUAAUCCACAGAUCAGUUAUUGGUUCAACCGAAAACAAAAAUUAUCUUUUUUUUUUAUAAAGUUUCUGUUUCGUUGAUCUCAUAAGCUUUGUUAGCUGGUUCUGUUUCUUGUCUGAUGAUGAUAUUGUAAGAGUAUUGAUAUAUGAUUAUAUUAUAUUACAAAUCCAGAA